UGUUAGUAUGUAGACUGAAUCAUGAAUUAAAAUGAUCUGUUUCAAAAAUGAAAACGACAACCAUAUUUUAACAAAAACAAAGAUAAAAACAACGAAUUAAAAGACAUGAAAAGUGAGGACCGCUCGAAAUGUCACUUCUUCUGUUUUCCCUGCAUUAUUCCGGAUGUUCCUAAAUUCUUGUGGUUAAACCACCACGUCACCACCAGAUAGUGGAAAUCUGAUGGUCACACACCCUUAUUACACUCACAGAAACUGUUACUCCAACACAGAUACACGUUCCUUUGGAUUUAAAUGGAGGCAUUCCAUUGCUUAGACACGAUGUCAGAUCACGGGGUCCAGUAUGUGGACAGGCACAGGUCUGAGCUCAUCCAGAGGGUUCAGAGGGUGAUGGCAGUGUCACGCAAGCUGCUGUCAAUGAACAUGAUCAAUGUGGAGACAUAUUCACAGAUCAGGAGAGCAGGAACCAAACAGGACAGAAUGAGAAGGCUUUAUGUAGCACUGGAUGAAGGAGGACAUGAAGUUAAAUCUGCAUUUUAUUCUGCACUGGAGGAGUGUGAAUUUCAUCUCUGUUUAAUAGAUUUGCCAAAUUUUGAUGAUGUUAUUUAUGCUGACAUUACUUCAUUCCUGGAAAGGAAGUAUAACAGGUUUUUAGCUAAUCAAAGGUCUGAGCUCAUCCAGAGGGUUACAAGAGUGAUGCCAAUAGUGGAUGAGCUGUCGGCACAACACAAGCUCAAUGAUCAGACAUAUGCACGAAUCAGGAGAGCACCGACCAACCAGGAGCAAAUGACAGAGCUUUAUAAAGCCCUGGAUGAAGGAGGAUAUGAUGUGAAAUCUGCCUUUUACUCUGCUCUGAGGAAGUAUGAACCACACCUGUUCUGUUACCUGGAGCACAACCCUGAGAUUCUUCAGUACAAGUCUUCAGUCAUUGAGAAAUAUAAGUUUGUGACCGAGUAUAACCUUCCAUCUGAUGAAUGUGUGGAACUGGCCGCCCGUUACACUGAACCAGUGAUCAUUCAGAAGAGCAAAGAGCAGGCUGAGAAAUACUAUCGUGAACAUGUGAAGUCUGUGGAUGCUUCAUCUCAACUGUUAUCAAAUGACAAGAAUCACAGCAUCAGAAUAGACCAGCUGUUCAGUCCCGACAGUGAUGGAAACACACCGAAAACUGUGAUUCUCAGUGGAGAUUCUGGAAGAGGUAAAUCCUUCAUGUUACAGAAGAUCAUGUUGGACUGGGCGUCUGGAGAACUUUACUCUGAAAAAUUUGAUUUAAUUUUUCUCCUGAAAUGUGAAGAGCUGAAGUUUAUUUCUUAUAAGAUGAGCUUAUUUAAGCUCCUGAGCUGGAGUUGCAGUUUAACAUCAGAUCAGAUCUCAGGGAUAUUAGAGUUAACACCAGAGAAAGUCCUCUUCCUCAUUGAUGGAAUUGAUGACUUUUCAUUUGAUCCACACAGUCAUACAUCACGACCCACUAUUGCAUCCCAUGGAGCACUAUCAAUGGACACUCUUAUGAGUCUGUUGAAUGGACAGAUCCUAUCUGAGUCCUUCCUGCUGGUUACCUUCAGAACAGCUGCUGAUCCAGUGCUGAAUCUCCUAAAGGGACCUCAGCGUUUCACUGAGAUCAUGGGCUUCUCUGAGAGAGGGGUGCAGGAGUACUUCCACAAGUUCUUUCAGGACGAGCUACUCCUCAGGAAAACAUAUGAGGGCGUGAAGAUAAAUGAAAGCCUCAUGACUAUCUGCUCUGUGCCUUUGCUGUGUUGGAUGGUCUGUUUUUGUCUGAAGAAACACUUUACAGAUGAUGAUCAUGUGAUGGCAGAACUAAAGACAACCACCUCCAUAUAUGUGAACAUUGUAUCCACUCUACUGGAGCAUCAUGAUCAGAGUCAGUCUGUCCUCACCAUGCUGAGGAGUCUGGGUCAGCUGGCCGAGGAAGGGAUACAGGAUGAAGAAGUCCUUUUUGAAGAAAAGACUGUGUUUGAGACCUUAGAGGCUUAUAGUAGCCAGUUCUUGCAUAAAGAACUUUGGAAUAGAGACUAUAUAAGGAAAACAGUUCUCAAGUUCAUGCACCUCAGCUUUCAGGAGUUCUUCGUUGCUCUUUAUUAUGUGUUUUUGAAUGAAGAAGAGUCCCAGAGGAACAUCAGAGACACUCUAGCUGCUGAGAGUGUGAAAGAUAGAAUAUCAAAUCCCAUUUCUUCAGUUCUGCUGUUCCUCUGUGGUCUCUCUAAUGAAGACGCGAACAGUUCUCUCUUUAAAAUGCGCAACUGGACUGUUCCUUACAUCAUAAGAAAAGAGAUGGAGAGCACAAUCCUUACUCUUCAGGAUGAUGAUAAGCUACUUGCUCUCCGCUGUCUGUAUGAGCUCCAUGAUGAGGUGUUUGUGAGGAGAGCUUUGGCAGAUUGGGUAUCCAUGGAUCUGUCCAACAUUUCCCUGAGGAGCACAGACUGUUGGGUGCUGCUGUACUGUCUUCAGUGCUGUCCACACAUCAGAGAACUGAACCUCAUGUACUGUGAUUUAACAGCUGAUAAACUCAAGAUUCUUCAGCCAGCACUCUGUAUGUGUGAGACUCUGAGGUUGUCAGUGGACCACCUGUCUGAAGUUGGAGAUUUGAUCAUGGCUAUUUGUGAAUUCAAGAUCUUGAAGAAACUGAAAGUUCAGGAGGAUGAAUUCAGUGCUGUGAGUCCCAGAUGGUCACUUGACCUGACCAUUGCACAGAAAGAUUACCUCUUGUCUUUGAGUUCCUCUGAGAAGAAUCCAUCAUUUCCAGCAAUCUUAAACAUCAGUCUUACUUGUUCACACUCAGAGGUAUCCAACACUGACUGGACAUUCUUCUUACAGACACUCAAAGCAGAAAAAACAACAGAAGACUCUUCAGCUCUUGAGUAUCAUGUCAGUUUGCUGCUGUCUUCAUUUCACUCAUUGGGUUUUAAGAAGUUGUAUCUGAAGGUGUUCAGUCUGAAUGAGAGCUGGGCUUCUAGAAUCAUUUCCCUCGUCCAGACCUGCACCAGUCUACAGGAGAUCAGUAUUGAGGAAGACAACGACAAUCCUAAGAGUCUCUUCUCAACUCUUAGUGUAUUAGUUUAUGAUGAUGAAAACAUCAGGUUAGAUAUGAGGCAUAGACGGAAGUCUGUAUCUCUCUCAAAAAUAUCUUUCACUUGUCCACGCUCAGCAUCAAGCAGCUCUGACUGGAAAAUCCUCUUCCAGAGAUUCCAUGAAGUGUCCAUACACCAACGAAAUUCUCCAGAGUGUAAUGAGCAUGCAGAUGGUCUGUUUUCUUUCCUGCGCUCUGUGUGUGGUUUGAAGAGUGUGGAGCUGAUGAUAUUCAGUCUGAAUCAGAGUUGGGCUCUCAGGAUUCUCUUUCUCAUCCAGACCUGCAGCAGUCUCCAAGAAAUCCGUGUCAGUGUCACUGGAUUGCUGCUGGAGGAGGGACUCGAGUUCCUGUAUGAAUCACUGAAGGAUUCACACUGUGCUGUCAUCAUUGAAGGGCCGACCAUUUCUGAGCCUGAACCCUCUGGACUGGAUCUUCACCUGCUUCCAGUGUGUCAGUCUUGUGUUCACAUUGUUGAUAGUGAUCAGUGGGUUCAGGUGGAGCCGUCAGUCUGUACAGAUGAAGGAGGGUCAAAGUUCAGGAUCAGCACUCAGGCGGGUCGAUUCGAGUGCAGCAGGACCAGAAUGCGAUGGGUCUGUGCUGGUGACGUCACACUCCAGUACCGUGCUGUGGAUAGACGUUUCCUCAGUGCAGAGCUGGAGAGGCUUCAGUGUGAGCAAAUUGGUCCAGUGAUUGAUGUGACCGUGAUCUCAGGGAAACUGGAGGAGGCCCAUCUGCCUCAUUACGCCUGUUUAGCAGAGUCUGACCCCUCUCUCAAAGAUGCUGUGAAGGUCCUCAGUUUUGAAAAUGAAGGAAUAACCUUAGAAUCAGUGGAGUUGACUCGUUUUCAUGCCAGAGUACUCCAACCAGAUUUUUCUCCUAAAACAGUACUUAUGAAACUAGGGAUUCCAGUGAAAGUGCACUGUGAUCUACUGGUCUUUGUGACAAAAAAGAACCCCAUCAUUCUCCAUGUGUAUUUUUUCCCAUCAGAUUCACUUUUUAAAGAAAAAAUUAGGAUGGAGGAAAAAUCGAGUCUUCCAAUCAAGUGUCCUAGACCUGAAACCCCACUGCGGAUGAUGAAACAACACAGUCUUGAGAUUCCCGGUGCUUGUAUUCAACCCAGAGAGAUCAAGCUAAGAGGUGAUAUCGAGCCUAACUUCUUUAAGGUCAAACAAACUCUGGUCGAUGACAUCAAUAUAACUCUCAGCCGCGUGGAUGAUCAGAAAUCAGUAUGGACUGCAACAAUUUGGAAAGAAGAACUAACUGAAACAAUUGCAAGCAAAGUCAAAUCUAGUUUGUUGCAACAUGGAGAAAUACAAAUGAAACAAGUGCCUGUCAACUUUGAUAAAGUUAGUUUUUUUGAAAAUAAUUGGUGUGGUCUGAUUAAAAACAUUAAGAAUGUGAACGCCAUUGCAGACAAACUGCUCCAGAAGCAAAUCAUUAAUGAAGAAAUAUAUUCUGAAAUCACACAUCCUAAUUCAACCAAAGAAGAAAGCAUGAGAAAGAUCUGCAGCAUUGUGCGUAAAGGCAGUGUUGCUGUGAAAAACCUCUUAAUCUCUAUUCUUCAGGAAGAGGAGCCCAACCUUUUAAAUGAUUUGCAUUUAUCCGACUCUUAAUAUGGUUUAAACCCACAAGUUCAGAUUGAAAUAAUGCAGGUCAAACUUGUAUUGCAGGUAUAUAGUGUAAACCAUGUAUAUGGAUAGAGGUAUUUUUCAAAGUCAGCUGGCAAAAUUUUUAUGUUUAAAAUAACAAAGAGAUGUAACAAAUCUAAAGUGUUUUUGUUUAUUUAUUUGUUUUUCAGUAUAUGCGAAGACAGUUACAGAGUCUGUCAUGUUUUUCAGCAUAAUGUUCUUGUUUUACUGGUUAACUGGGAGUUAACAAUAAAUUGUGGUGUAACAAUGUACUUCCUCUUUUCUAUUCUCUAUUUUGUCCAAAGCUCUGUACUCUCUCAUCAAGAUUAUCGUAAGAAGAAUGAUGUCAGAUAACUGUUUGAGCCCUGUGAUUCUUCAGUACAAGUCUUCAGUCAUUGACAGAUGCAAGUUUGUGACAGAGCAUACGCUUCUAUCUGAUGAACAUGUGGGACUGGGCGCUCGUUACACUGAACCAGUGAUCAUUCAGAGGAGCAAAGAGCAGACUGAGAAAUACUAUCGUGAACAUGUGAAGUCUGCUCACACUUCUGGAACAAAAACAUCAUGUCAGCUGUUAUCAAAUGACAAGAAUCACAGCAUCAGAAUAGACCAGCUGUUCAGUUCCGACAGUGAUGGAAAAACACCAAAAACGUCUCAGGUUAUAGCUAUAACCAUAGUUCCCUGAGAGAGGGAACGAGACACUGCGUCCCGAAGGGGGCGCUAUGGGAACACCCUCAGUGUGAAUGCGUCUGAUGCACGUGUGUCAACUAGUCCAAUGGCGAGAGUGAACGUCACCGGCGGGUGACGUCACGACCAGGAAAGUAUAAAUACACAUCCGGAAAGACCGGCUUCAGCUUAAACUGCCGAAGCAAAUCGAUCACAGGGAUGCAAGGGAGUAUGGCAAUGCGACGCAGUGUCUUGUUCCCUCUCUCAGGGAGCUAUGGUUAUAGUCAUAACCUGAGACAUUCCCUUUCAAGGGAACUCGCACUGCGUCCCGAAGGGGGCGCUAUAGGAACGAUAUCCCAAAACACCAUAAUUCCAAAAUGCCUGUCUGUGUGAAACUGUGGCACACUAAGAAAAGAGCACUGAUAAGCCUGGAGCUGCAUCCAGGCUGAGAUAAUCUCACAAAUGUGAGUGGCGAGAAUCAGCUCGCCGCAUCUAUAACUGUUUUCAACAUUGAAAAUAAUCAUAAAUGUUUAUUGAACAGCAAAUCAGCAUAUUAGAAUGAUUUCUGAAGGAUCAUGUGACACUGAAGACUGGAGUAACGAUGCAGAAAAUUCAG